GUAGCUGUGGACAACCAGAAGUGGUAACCUGUAAUGGUGGCAAUGACGUAGGAACUGGAAGCUCUAGUCUACCAGAUCUUUUAGAUGGAAACUAUAGAAAUACAUCUGCAUGUGAUGAGAGUACAGAUCUGGUUGACUUACGGGCAGGCCCCAAACGUCAACCCUUUCGUCAUUCUUACUCCGAUGGUGUCCCUAAUGCUCUCACCAGACGACGAAGUUUUACGAUGGCCGAGGCCAAAACUCAUGCCUUCUCCAGAUUACAACACGAAUUAACUAAUGCUCAAAAGGAAUUAAAACUUAAAGAUGAAGAGUGUGAGAAAUUAUCUAAAGUGAGAUAUCAGAUGGAAGAAGAAUUAGAAGAUUUAACAGCUAGUUUAUUUGAGGAAGCCAAUAAACAGGUUCAAGAUGCCAACCUAAAGAGAAUUCAAUCUGAAAAACUGUUAACAGAGGCUAAUCAAAAAAUUGAGGUAUUACAGGCUGAAGUAGUGGCAUUAAAACAAUUGGUAUUAACAUCGACUCCAAACUCACCUAAUAAACAUCUUCAUCCCCAGAUAGAUACUCAUACCCCUAAGAAAGAGAAGACAAGUAUUAAACCGUUCUGGAAAACCCACCGUAGAUCCACAAGUCACCACGAAUUCACCAAGGAAGCUCGACAGAAAGAGGAGGCACAGCAAGAAUCAGUCAAGUUAAAAUGUAAAGAGCUGGAUACGGCCUGUUUUGAAGAGUUUCAACAAUGGAGGAAGAGCCCUGUCCAGGACCCUAUUAACAGUCAGUUUUUUAGUCGGGUAUUUAACGAGGAUGUCAAACCCUGUCUCAAUUUUCAAAAUAACCGGUUAGCAACACGUCUGUUGGAAUGCGUGGAGAAAAAUUGUUUGACAAUUGAACCUAUCCCCGGUGAUAACUCAUACCCACGGAAAUGUUCUUUAACUGAAUCCCACAAACUAUGUAAUUAUAAAAUACGAUUGGAUACAGAAGAUACAGAAUGGUAUUCUAUAUCACAACUCUGUAGAAAUAGGAUAGCAGCCGUGUGUGAUUUUUAUACCUAUAUUAGAUAUAUACAACAAGGUCUUGUGAAGAGUGAAGAUAAAGAAGCCUUUUACGAAAUAUCCAAUCUACGACGACAGAUGGCGCUAGCUAAACUUGGAUAUACAUAA